AAAUAGAAAACAACAUAUCCCAGAGUCCUUAGCGCCAUCACGGCGGUUCCGUAUUCGAAACUGCUAAAGGCGAAAGAGUGAGCAGGAGCUGUAGUCGGUCAAUAGUGUUUAGGAAAAUAAGAAUUAGAAAAAGAAAUUUCCUGACAUAAUGACAGAUAGGAAACCGUGUAAGGUGUGUAAUUUCACACGGCAAAAGUCGUAUGGGUUGGUGGUUCCUUCCCUCGAUGAGCUGAAGACAAAAGGGUGUGAGUUUCUUGGGUUCACCCCCAGUGACCCGGUCAAAGUGGUCUUAGAGGAUGAUGGGACGAUAGUGGAGGAUGAUGCCUACUUUUUGUGUUUGCCCAUAAACACAAAGUUCAUGCUGCUGCAUGAAAAAGAGACAUGGUCUCCAGGUCGCAGGAUUGAUGGUGGUACUGCCUGGAUGGCCAGGGAGUCUAUGCUGCUGGAGACUGAUGCUGUGGACAGCUCCAGUGCUGUAGCACCAUGGUGGGAUCUGGCUCAGCAGCUGAAGCUGGACCUGGCCAGCAUCAUCCUCAUGUCUGAAGCAGACUUACAGACCUUAGUGGAUGCCCCAUGCCCUGAGCUAGCCUCUGCUCUGGGCUUCCAAGAGAAGAAAGCUGAGAACCUCCAGGAGACAUUGCAGAGGGUUUUGGACCGUAGGGAGGAACAGAGGCAGUCCAAGGAGUUGCUCCAGCUCUACCUCAAAGCUGUAGAGAAAGAGGAUGGGCAGCAGACAGAGCCAAGCCAGCCCAGCCUGGAAGGGGCUGGAGACGUGGACAUGCCGGACGGGAUGGAGGUGGACUCGGUGUCUGGAUUCAUGUCCAGGACACUGAUGGUCCUGAAAGGCAAAACAAGCCCAGAGACCAGACUAUCAACUGGAGAUCUGCAGAUGGUAGUGACCAGAGGGGUGGAAGCUAUGGAGCCGGUACUUGGCUGGGACAGAGAGAGGACGUCGGCACUUCUGCAAGCCUGCGAAGCCGAGCUGACCAGACGUCUUCAGCAGGUUCAGGCCAUGCAGUCCAUCAGGAGCAGCACGCAGCCAGACAGCAGCCAGCAGUCCAACGAGAAGAGCGCAGAGGAGAGAGAGGAAGCCCAAGGCCCGAGCAACUAGGCCGAGGCUUCACCCGAGCAGAGACUGAUAAGAAUUCACACUGCCUGCCUCAGGGUCAGUAGAAUGGGAUUAAUCCCGUGUUACCGAUAAUAUCCAUGAUUAUGGAAUCCAUGAAUGCUGAUGAUGUUGACGUUUGCGUCAUCUUUGCAUCAACUUGCAAACCACUUGAAUGCUUUUGCCUCAAGAGGAGGCACAGUGAUUUGCACAAGUCAUGUUUAUCAAAGACAUUUUGCAGUAACCACUGGAAUCAACUCUCUACUGGCUCCUUAUUUUGAUGAGAGCCAUGCUGUGAAAAUAACCCCAGAUAAACAUAAGGUUUUCUAUAUAUUGUUGCUCUUGAAUCAGCUUCUCAGUAUUGUUGUCGUACUGUCUGCUGCCCCUAAAACACUGCCAAUUAAAACAGACAUUAUGCACUGAGUUUUAUUUCAGGAUUUUAGUCUAAAUAUAGGUAAAAAUAUACUUUAGCUAAGAACUUUGUGGAUUACUUUGUAUCUGCUGACAAUAAUUACCAUAUUGUGCACUAUAUUUACUGUCCACUAUGUUUACAUUCAUCCACUAAUGCCCACUAAAAAUUCCACAACUGGAACAAAAAAAGUAGUAUCUAUGGUAUGUAUGCUACUUUUUCCUGACAAUCCCACAUUGCUGUUCCGCAUUGGCUUCACUUCUCAGGCCCAGAACUACCAGCUUGAUUGCUGGUAAGUGAUUAGUAAGUGUCUGAAAUAUCAAUUUGCUGUUCAUUAUUGAGUCAUUUAUUGUAUGUCUAUGAUGUAGGGAGAGAAUAAGGGAGUGAUUUGGAGGUAUAGGGGGUCUUUAGGGAAGUUAGAUGUAGCACUGUGUUAUUUUAUGUCAUCUUGUCAUCUCCUGCAAAAAGAAAUAAGUGUUAUGUUCACACUACUGUUUCCAUAGUUUUUACCUUUUUUUUUUUUUUACCUAGUUUUAAAGUCCAUGAGCAUACUGUCAAUGUCAAGAAAUGUCUUACGAGGGAUGAAAACUCAAAAUAUUUUCUAAAAAGAGGUUCUCCUAUAGCUGUUGAAGAUCUAUCAGUUUGGUGGUUGAUCAGUAAUUAUGAAUAUACUAUUGACUUACGCCACAGUCUACAAUUGUGGCGUAAGUCAAUAAUCUACACAAUUUUGUGUACCUCAGUGUGAAAUGUCAUCAUUACCUGAUCUGUGACCAUUAAGGGAAUCUCUACAUGGAAGAGUGAGUGGUAGAAAUACCUUUUUGAACCGUGAU